CGCAAAGGUUCAAACAAACGCGUGACGUUUGAAUGUUCUAAUUGACUCAAACAUACCGAACAUAAGACCAAAAAUCAUCAUUAGUACGUUUGUUAAUCAUUUCGUUGUGACUGUGACGCAGGUCGAAUUAACAUUUUGAUAUCGCCAGUCAUCUUCCGCUGGAUGUUUACAAGGGCUGUAUUGCAUAGCGGUCUUUACUUUUGUAACUAGGCAACAGACUAACGACAUGUUUAUUCCAGCCCAACCAGGAUUUUCAAUACUUUAAUCAAGCUAGCAAGAAAAUCUUGAAAAUAGGUCAUCGUUAGCAAAUAACACAGCAAAGACACAUACCAAAUGCACGGCUCUGCAGGCCUUCACUCCGCUUUGGCGAUAAAACGCCAACGACGUCAUCGCGAGCAAGUGAAGAAACGAGCUGCAGAACGAAAAUUAUCUAACAGAACCAACAGUACCGAUAGUAUAGAGCAGCCAAUUAGAAGAGAAAGUUACCAUCCUCCAAAUGACAAUACUCUUGCUACAUCAAUAGGCGUUCUCCAUCUAGGCGUGUGCUUCAUGGUGCUGGGAUGCUUUCUAAUUGGAUCAGGUCUUCUCCCUGACGACAUUGUAACCUGGAGAGGUGGUGGUUGGUGGAACGAGCUGGUUGUUACAGGAAUUUUCGUUUUAACCCUAGGAUUAUCAUUAAUAGUAUUAAAUCGUAUUAUGGGCAAAAAAGAAGAAUUGGAACUCGAAGACUAUGUAUCACGCCAACUAACCAGAUCUAGAUCUGGCCACCGAUUGGAGAGAGAUGUAGAAACUGGUUGCCUCGCAACAAAACAUCAUAGAAAACUUCUUGAAAAACAACGUGAGGAUAAACAAAGAGGACUGAAUGACUUACCACCUACCCAUAUAAAAAUGCCAAUCCCAGAAAGUGAGACUUAUCUAGAGAAGAUCCUUGAAGAAGAUGUCAACGAAAAAGAAAUCGACAAUCGACAUUUUGAAUAUAAGGAAACAAUGUCCACCACGACUACUGCAAGUCCUGGUACUCCCACUGAAAUUCGGGAAUUGCUUGCAAACGGCAGGCAGUAUAGUUUUAAUUCCAGACAGUAUUAAGUUCUUAAGAAGCUGUGAUUUUAUUAUAUUUAUUAAUUACAAGUAAUUUAGGAAUGCAAAGGAACUUGAACUUUGAAUAGGUUUCAGUAAAAAGGGAGUUACACAUCAUUGAUGAAAGAAAGAUUAUUCAUAAUCUCGAAUGCGGUCGAUUAGUUUUUUUAGUAAGGACAAAACAAUAUCUAAAAAUAAUUUUUAUUUGUAUUAAAUUGUUAUUCUAGCGCCACUGGUUUUGCUGGCUUUUGUGGCUGGCCUAUAUGAACACUCAAUGUAAUACAACACAAUGCGUUAUUACUUAAUUGAUAAUGAAAUCCAUAAACUGGGUAACGUAGCAGAAGUUCUUAUUAAAUAAAUGUGAUGCAUGUGUAAAUUAUGUGUUAUUAUCUAGGUGAAUUACCAAAACUAAGUUUGGUGUGAGAACCAAUUACUACAUUAGAGAAAUCUGUGGCGAACAUCUUAGGGUAAUAUAAAUAAGCAAUCAUUCUCCUGGAAAUUUUCAAUUCUAUGGGCAAAUAUGAGAAGCAGAAAAGAGAUAGAGCGUCCCAAGAGGAAUUAUUCAAAGUUAUAGAAUAAUCCCGAUCUAUUGUGAAAUUAAAUCAGCUUUAUUUCUUUUCCUGUCCAUGUAAUUGCCAGUUUCCUGGAUCCUGUCAGUUUUUCACAUUCUAAGAUAUUUCUCUAUUGUAAGAAUUUUGUUCUUAGCCCAAACUUAGUAUACAUGUUUCACAUUUAUUGACAUUUAACAAUAAUUUACCCUUUAUAUAGAUGUAAUUAUUAUUGAUUAAUAAUUUAUUGUAUGUAGGUAAGUAUCAAACAAAUUUAUUUUUUAUACGUUUUUAUACUAUUUCUAACUUAAUUUUAUGUCAAAGGCAUGAUGAUGCUCAUAUAGGCUGCAACUAGUAGUGGUAGUAAAACAUUUUCUUCAAAUAAAAAAAAAUUGUGGACUGAAUAUCCAAUAAAGGUAUGGGAUCAUUUACAAAGAUAUUUAACAAACUUUUUUGUAAGCGAAUGAUAGUGUUUUAUUCUUACUAAAGAGAAGAGAUUUUGAUGUUGUUGACCUAUUUUGAUUAUAAUAUAUGGGGUGUUAGUAAAUAAGUGCGACAAACUUCAGGGGGUGGUUCUGCAUGAAAAAAUAAUGACAAUUUGCUAUAUGAACGUAUGUCUGAAAAUGCUUCGUUUUCCGAAUACGAGGUGUUUACUUAUUGCUCUGAAUCCCGUCGAGAUAUGCAAAUGAAAUUUGGUGGGCUUUAAGAGGUAGUUUAUUGCGCAUUUUUUGACAUGCAUUUAAGAACUUUAUGUUCAUCAUUGGCGCGCAUACGGGUAAUGAUCUCAAUUAUUUUAAAGAAAAAAUGGUACUACAUUGAGAUAUUUCAAAUUAAAACUCACUUCAGAGCAAUAAACAAAUCGUCAGUUUUUAAGAAAAACUUUAAGCAUUUUCAGACAUACGUUUAUAAUUCAAACUGUCAUUAUUUUUUCAUGCUGAAGUUUGUCGCACUUAUUUACUAACACCCCUCGGGUUCAAUAUUUAUAUAUUUUACUUAAAGAAAAUUUGUUAAAUUAAAAACUCUAUUUUAUUUAAAAAAAAUAACUUUGAG